UUAUAGAAAAAGAAAAGAAAAAUCUUUUUCUUCUUCACAAAUUAGAGAAUUUUUCAAACUCAAAAUUUGCAGAGUAAUAAUGUGCUGUGGAGAUAGUGGUUGUAGGCCGUUGGCCUUUCUUCUAAGUCUCCCUUUUGCUCUCCUCUCUCUUCUCGUCUCUAUCAUCGGCGUUAUCGUCUGGAUCAUCGGGUUGAUAUUGAGUUGCAUAUGUCCUUGUUGCCUUUGUGUAACUGUGUUGGUUGAAUUGGCAUUGGAGUUGAUAAAAGCCCCAAUUCAUGUUAUGGAGUGGUUCACUAAUCAAAUCCCUUGUUAACACACACUGUAUUACUUUCCCUUUUUUUCAUUUUUCAUAUCUUAUAUUAUGUGAUGAUGAUUCCAAUAGAUUAUAUUAUUUUGUUGUUUGUUGUUUGAUUGUUGUUUUGCUAUCAUCUUUGUAUGUAUGUAAAAAUUCACAACAUCUUGUUUUUAUAUAUAAAUAGUUUGUGUAAUUCUUUUGAUUAA